AUGACGAGCGCUUCCCAGCGCAUGCGAAAGUCCAGCGCGCCUACCAGAGGUCUGUCUUCGCACCAACCCGCCAUCUCAUCCAGAGAUCCACACCAAUUGGUCGCACACCUGAGUGGUCUGCACUCGAGCAAGGGAGUGAAGGCUAGCAACCGAUUGAGCGGCCGUCCCUCUUCGUCAGCUGGAGAGGCUUCAUCGCUCGUGCAAUCGCGCCCCGUCACAAAGUCAGAGCAAGACGAGCACGAGUUCGCAGGAUGGACUAGAGAAGAUGCCAUCGAGCGCUUGACUGACUCUGCAGAAGACCGAGACGUUCGGGAGGACAUCAUUGCGGGCGAUGCGCAAGUUCAGCAACAGGCGAGCCCGUCUACCUCGUCGAGCAUCUCCAGAUCAAUGUCCUUCAGGAGAUGGGGCGGAGGCGGCGAAGCUCAGUCCGCGCAGCCUGCCAAGCAUGCUGCAAAAUCCUCGUCCGCGUCGGGAGGCCUUUCAAGGUUUUUCUCGAAGCGCAAGCCAGCACAAGACGCCGAGCAGCUCGUCAGCGUGAGUGCGAGGAGUGCCGCGUGCUUGGCAGAUCAUGCAACGCUGACCACCACUCACAUUUGGCCUCUUGCGUUGCAGCGCAAAACCUCUGCAGCACAUAUGAGCGCGGCACAGUCAGGGCGCAGGGCCUCCAACCCCUCUGGGCCGGUCGAGAACGACGCAUCAGUGCGAACCUUUGAGUUCCCACCCCGAAGCUCGAUCGCCUCCGCAAAGGGGUUGCAGGAGCCAGGAGCCGCGCAGGCUGGCCCCUCGGUCGAAGGAAAGCGCUCCACGCAAGGCUCUCAUGGCCCCAGCAAAUCUGUCCCUGUGGUAGAUGUCGCUGCUCUCCAGCAAACAGCGCUCAAAUCUGAUCCUGAUUUGCGAUCCACCGCUUCUGGCCCUUCGCAGCCGCGCCAACGUCCAUCUAAAACGAGCUCAGUUGGCUCGGUCCAGGAGCGAAGGAGGCGCACGAGCCUGGCCGGAAGGUUCGGAUCGCUCUUCAUCGCUUCGAAUGCCGAUGCACCGCCCUCUACUGCUCAGAUGGCUUCGAACGACACCCCUCAUUCAGCGCCCACUCAUCAGCAAGCGCACAGCGCUAGCUCCAUUCGCACUGCGUUCCCUGCGCGUUUGCGGAGCUUGAGCUUCGCCAGGCGAACAGGCACCACAUCAAAUCCCACCAGCCCAGGCAGAAUGUCCUUUUUCGGCUUUGGGGAUCUAGCAGCGAACGCGGGCACCUCGGAUGAUGGCACUCGCUCUGACGCUGCAAGCCACCGCCGAAAAUUGAGUCUGCGCUUGAGAGCUCCUCAUUUGCGUGCCCAAGAGGAGCGAAUGCCUCUUACGCCGGAAAUCGACUCUUGGCGUGUACCUCAGCGCAGAGCGAGCGACGAAGAAAAAGAGGAAUUGUCGUACGAAGAAGCCAUUCGUGUGCAACGGACAUCGCAGGAGGGUGUGCCUGCAGCAAGAAGCAGCUCGAUCGACGGCUGGGUCGAAGCUCCCGACGAUCAUGAGGCUCACAAGCGCGCUCCUCUGCCGCGAGGUCGGUCUCUGGACUCCGCCAGGCUUUUGCGGGACAGGCCGACUCUCCCGCGCUCAUCAUCGCAUGAAACGCAAGCCGGCCCGCAAACCGCAGGCUCGUCUCCGUCCAACAAACGCAGAGCGCCCCCACGCUUCCUGGAGACUCCCGAUCUUGCUGGACCUCUCGACCCACGCGCUUUGAUGAGACAGGCAGGGGUCUCUCCGCUUUCGAGCCCGAACAUUUCCGUACCUGGCAGUCGCAGAACCAGCGAAGGGGCCGCAAAGGGUCAGACGAUACCAGAUGAGGCUUCAUCUACUGCCCUCCUCAGUGAUCAGAUUCCCCUGCAAGCAGACACACAGGCUACGCCUCGUGCGUCUUGGCAAGCUCUGCAAGACGUGACGCCACGAAGACGCCAAGGUGCCGAUCAAAUGUUUGAUGGGCUCGGACUCACUUUCGACGAAAGGUACGACAGAGUUGCAGCGCGCGAGGCGGCGUCCGCGAAUGCGAAGUCGUCUCUUGAGGGUCAUUCUGGCGGCGCCGACUCUCUGCGCCGCGGCCGAGCAUUCGUUGCCGACUUGUCAGCAUGGAAGUGGGAAGGAACAAGGAGCGAAAUCGAUGGCUCCGAUGGCAGAAACACUCCGGGAACGAUCGACUCGCGGCGACGGCCCGACGCGCCGACACCACAUCAAUGGGCAGCUGAACGCAGCAAUGGCUCGGCCAGGACCGAUAUGCGGCCCUACAGCCUCAUCAGCACAGACACUGACGGGGGCGACACGCCAAUCAUGAAACUUCGACGUUUGGUGGUAGACACCGAAACCGAGGGCGAGGAGGCCAGCCUGUUCUUUCGACCACCAGGCACAAGGUCAAACAGUGCUCCGUCGAGCACACGGGAUGUACAGAGUCCUCGGUCUAGUCCGGAUAGGGAGUCACGUACCAGUACUCCGCCGGUUCCCGAGCUGACGCCAGCGCAAGCGCACGCGGCCAACAUUCGGCGCAUGCACAUGCAACAAGGCUUAGAAGAGGAUGCGAGGACAUCUCCCGUCGACGAACUUGCAGAGCUGCGUUCCGGCAAUGUCGAUCAUGGCAGACUUGCUCGUCAUAAACGCACUUCAACGACUCUAUCGGCUGGUGGUCGAUCCAAGCGUGCAAGCACACAAGAGAGCGAUGCAGGCGCGACGGACACGUCGGCGCUCGAUGCGCAGGUCUCGCAGGCGCGACGGAUGGCAGCUGUACCUCUUGGACGAGCCAAGGUUGCGGAAUGGGCCGGCAAUGCUGCUAGCUCGGGCAGCGCAGUGCCUCGAGUCUGGCAGGCACCGCAGCUGGAGGCGUGUCGAACUACAGCUAGAGAUGGUGCUACCGCCCCCACGCCUGGUGGAUCGCCAAGCACCACUGCGCAGAGUCCAGAGGCACCCUCCCAAGUGAUAUUGGGUCCUACCCAGAGUCCCUCUUCACGCUCGCCAAUUCAGCCGAGCGGGCAGGUGCAACGAUCUGCGCCGACACAGGUAACGUUGGACGAGGCUGCAAGGCUGGGUAAGGCGCCCUCCAAACGCGUACGACGGUCGCGUUCGCAGCCCAUGUCUAGCAGCGUGUACGUGCCCAAGACGCCUACGCGCGGGCCUGCUGCUCUGUCGGGCCUUCCGACGAGCAAUGCUCUGCCGUCUUUGCCUGCGCUGCCACCUGCGCCGACUUCAAGAAUAAGUGGCAAGCGCAACACUUCCAAAGGUCGCAGGCACGGCAUGGCUUCCCAAACAAGUAGCGCCAAUCAAGAUGAACGUGCCCUGGAGACUGCCCGCACUCUUCGCCCCUCCCAGAGCGGCAACUUGCGUGAGGGCACUUUUACUUUCCGAGCAGAGAUCCCCUCUCAGGAGAAGAAUCCGCCAGCGACACUAUUGCGCUCGGACACUCUGCGAAAGUCUGCUAGCGCUGGCCCCCUAAGCGACUGUGGCAGCCACGACAGCAAAGGCGCAGCUGACGCCCACGACACAGCAUCCACUCGCGCGACGCUCGAGUCGCCGACGAAGUCCCGCCGUGGUGGUGGUGAUGGUGGCUCGCGCUUGGAGAAGCGGUCUGAAAGGACUUCUCGGCGAGAAGAAGGGCACGACCGGUCGCGCAGUAAAGGUUCAUUGAGGAGAGGAAAGUCGUUCGCCACGAGCGAAGAAGCCGCGCAAGCCAUGCGCCAAGAACAGGCCGAUCGCGAGAAAAGGCAUCGCGAAAAGGAGCAGAAACGCGAAGAGCGGCGGCGUCAGGAUCACGCCAAGCGUAAACAGAAUGAUCCUCUGUUAGCCACUCGUCUGGCUCUUAUGGGUCUGGCAGGCCCAAUGCCCGUAGGCGAGGGCUCGGAGGCCGCUGAUGAUGUCGCUUCCGCGGCCACUGUCGCUCAUGACAGCCCCGAGCGGAUGGUGACGCCUCUUGGGUGGGACCUGCGGCGAGAGCCAUUGAGGCCGAUCACCGUCUCGUCGCCACCUGCGAGCAAUGAAGAGGUCUUGAUCGCUGAGGCGCCUUCUCUCCGGGGAGAGUUGCGCCAGACGAGUCGGAGCACGCCUUACAGUGAGAGCAUACUAGCCUCCACGGUGGACUCGAGAAGAUCUUUCAAGACGGCAGAAGAAUAUGUUCGCCGGUCAGUUGAUGGAGACAGCUCCGAUAGCGAGGCGGAGACGCUUCACCAGCGAUCUGCGAUUGCCGAAAACUCGUCUCGCCCGGUGCGAGAUCGUGCAGAGCGCGUGCCCACCUUGGUGAGCCCGCCACCAGCCAGGCCCGUCUCUUCUGCGACAAUGGCCACCGUCACGUCGACGGGUACCUCAUUCGCCUUGCUCGAUUUCCCCAAACCGCCUUCACGACAAGCUUACGCAGAGGUAUCAGACGACGGGACAGUGUUGUCCUUGGCACACUUGAGCAGCUCAAGAGCCAUCAUGAACGUCGCUGCAGGCGCGGCUCGCGCACACGAAAAUGCGCACCCCGAGCGCGAGCAGGGGCUUCCAUCGACGUCGCCUGCAUAUCCAAAGGGCAGAUUGCUUGACCUGCAUGGGCAUGCGAGACCUGUCAGCGGCAGACUGGGCGACUCACCGAGAGGUCAAGUACCGGAGCUCGUCUCUCUUGGUCUUCCUAGUCCUGCUUUGCGUUCACAGCACGCCAGCAUCAUUUCACAGAAUGCGCCGCCGCCAUAG